AACGCGUGCGUGAGAGAGAUCUUCUGAUCUAGAGACAAAUAGGUUCUAUUUGUUUCUAUGAAAAUCUAAUGAUUUAUAAUCAGUAAAUUGAGGCUUCAUAGCGAGAAAUUCAAAUGUAGAAAUAAAACUGUAUCGACAGCAAGACAAUCCUGAGCAGUUAUAUAAAUUGUUCGACGUCAUGAAUGACCUCGAAGUUAAUUUAAAUAUACCUUUUCCUACUGAAAGAGAAGCUGAUGUUGCUUAUCAAGUGUUGAGAGUUGAUUCAGAGCCUUCAAGGAGUGGUGUUACAAAAACAUUAACAUUGGAGUCUAAUAUUAUAAAAGUUACAUUCACUGCCAAAGAAGCUCGUAAAAUCAGAGUAGGAUUAACUUCAUUUUUUGACUCGCUACUUCUUGUUACACGAACCAUCCAAAUUUUUGGGCCUCCAACUGCUACAUAUGAUCACUAUCAAUAACAUUGUAUAGCAAAUUAUUCAGAAACAAGAUGUCUGAGCGUACUCCAGCUCCUUACAGGCCAAGAUCAGUGUAUGGAUAUGCUAUGUACAUAGGAUUCAAUUUUUUGUUGUUGUUGUAUCUUAUUUGGGCAUUUAUACCU